AUGGGUCGCUUUCUUUCCCUGGUUCCCUAUGUCGCUGCGUUGAUCGCAGCGGCCCCGCACACUCUCGCGGCGCCGGCGCCGACUCCGACGAGUGUGCGACCCUCGUCUACCGAGGACAGCGGUCUGACAGCCCUCUUUGGCACGAAGCUCUUCGGGCAACUGGGUGAGGCGUAUGGUGCGCAGCAGACCGACUCGCCCGGUACGCCUCAGCAGGACGGCUCGGUCGCGGCCGACUUUAUGAAGAUGCUCGGCAGUGUGGGCCAGUUCCAGAUGCCCGAGCCGGACAUGGCGCGCUACUCCAAUGCGACGCCUGCGCCGCGCUGGGGCGCGACGGCGCAGUACAUGCAGGGCAGCCAAACGAUUGUGUUCGUGGGUGGCCAGCUCGACGACCAGGGCCACGUCUCGAACGAGACGCUCGCGCUCGACAUGUCGGGUCUGACGAACCUGCAGAGCACGCGUGCGUCGGUGAAGCGCAUGCCGUGGCUGCGCGUCCAGCGCGGCAACGACUCGGUGGCGGCGCCCAAGGCGGCGUACGCGUCGUCGUACGUGUCGACGAGCGUGUGUGGCGCGACGGACGGCCACCUCGUCGAUACGCUGUGGGUCGUGGGCGGCAAGCCCGAGGACUGUGGCGAAAAGACACACGACCUGCACACGUACAGCCUCGAGAAGAAGAACCAGACGCUGGUCGGCACCUGGAAGCCGAUCCGCACGAACGGCACGCAGCCGACGCGCCGCUCCCACGCCGGUGCUGUGCUCACGCGCUCGCUCCUGCCGGACCAGGAGGACGUGGCACUGAUGGUGUGGGGUGGCGAGGACGUCGAGGCGGCGUGCCAGUCGAAGGGCGCGCACAAGCCGAUCGCCUCCUCGAUGGACCUGCUCUUCAUUGGCCCCCCGCUCGACCAGCAGUGCAGCCCGCCGAAGCAGUUUGCCAAGGCGGAGGCCCAGUCGUUUGCGAUGUCCCAGAACCUCAGCACUGUGCCGGUGGUCGACUAUGCUGCGGUGCAGAUGCCGCUGAUCCACAACAGCCAGACGAACCGCGACGAGACGCCGCUCCUGUUCCUCGGAGGCCGUGACAAGAGCCGCACGCUUGUGGACUUUGCGCAGCCGUGGGCCAUGGACCUCUCGUCCGGCCAGUGGGCCAAGUGGGGCACGACGGGCGACAUUCCCUCGCCCCGUGUGGGUCACUCGGCGGUGCACACGAAUGACGGCCGCGUGCUCGUGUACGGUGGCUACAAGAUGCACCACGACUGGAAGAACGUAAGCAAGGAGCCGACCGACGAGAUGUACAUGCUCGAUGCGUCGCACACGCCCGCGCGCUGGACCCGCAUCCACUACCGUGCGCCGCCGGAGAACGGCCCGCGCCCCUCGAAGCGUGCGUACCACUCGGCGGUCAUGGUCGACGAUGUGCUGGUCGUGGCGUUCGGCCAGCAGCACCAGAGCACGGCGUACGGCCUGGAGAAGCGCGGCGGCACGAACGAGAAUGCCAGCGACCCUCUUGUCAUGUACAUGGACACGCGCGAGAACAUUAUGGGUUUCCGUUGGACGGACAAGCUCUCGGCCAUUGUCUCGGCGCGUGUCACGCAGAACAUGCUCGGCGCGGAGUCGACGCCGACCUCGGCGACGUACCAGCCGACCUCGGCGGUCCGCGCAAGCUCGACACGCGGCGGUGCGAAGCCGACGUCGAUGAGCCUGCCGGACAUGUCGCGCAUCCCGACGCCUCAGGAGUCGUCGGCGAGUGUGUCGUCGGCGAGCAAGGCAUCGGCGAGCAAGGCAUCGGCAAGCAAGGCAUCGGCGAGCAAGGCAUCGGCGAGCAAGGCGUCGGCAAGCCAGGCGUCGGCAAGCCAAGCUUCUGCAAACAAGGCUGCCGCCAGCAAGGCUCCCGCUGACCAGGGCCCGCCCGCGCAGGACGGCAGCAACCACGCGAACGGCGAUGCGCAAGACGGCAGCAACGCCGCCAGCGGCGAGGAGCAAGACGGCAGCAACCAUGCGAAUGGCGAUGCGCAGGACGGCCAAGGUCAGGAUGGCGGUGCACAGGAUGGUGCGCAGGACGGCAACGAUGCGCAGGCCGACAAGGACGAUGCCAACUCCUCGUCUGACUCGCCGGCAUCCUCGCCCAGUGCAGCGCAGGACGACCAGAACUCGGGCGGCGACGACCAGACGACGAACUCGGGUGCCAUUGCUGGUGGCGUCCUUGGCGCAGCGGCUCUUGCUGUGGGUGCUGUGGUGGGUGGUCUGUACGCGUACAAGAAGCGUCGCGAGUCACAAAAGAUUGCCGAGCUCAAGUCGAACGGUGUGCUGUACGACAAGGGUUCGUCCGCGCCGCCCGUCUCGUCGCUGUGGCUGCAGCGCCCUCUGCGCGAUGUCGUCGACUAUGAUCUGCCCGGCCGCUCGUCGAACCUGUCUGGCUACUCGAUGCAGGGCCACGCUGGCACGCCGUCCUCGCUCUCGCCUGCGGGUGGCCGCAUGAUGGGCCACGAUGACCGCCACACGGUGCGGGGUCCUCGCUCCGUGCUGGACUCGUACGCGACGGACCCGUCGAACCCGUACGCCCUGGACGCCUCGCAUCCAUACGCCAUGGACGCCUCGCAUCCGUACGGCAUGUCCGAUGAUGCGUACGCGCAGGCGUACAUGCCGGCGUCGGCGACCUUUGACCCGGCGUCUCCCUCGUACGGCUACAUGGACGGUGUGCAGCGCUCGAGCGGCGCCGAGGUUACCAGCAACAUGGACGAAAACGGCUCGAUGUACGCCAACUCGGUCGAAGGUCAGACCAUGGUGCACGGUGACGUGCCCCGCCGCUCGGCCUCGUUCCGCUUCCCUGAAACACAGGCCUAUGCGGCCCACGAGCCCUCGAAUCUCCGUGUCAUGAACAAUUAG